GCUGUCCACGCGCACUCGUCCUGAAAAGCAAAGUCCGGAGCUUCCCGUGUUGAGGCGCUGGGAGUAUCGGAGGAGAGCGGCGGCUGCAGCACAUGUCUGGUCUCUGAGUUGGUGAAGUCCUCCACCUGCACUGCUAUGACAGCUGCGCAUCCAGUGUUGGGUGUGCCAAACAUCUCCAGAGUCACAUUUGCGCUUUGUACCAGCAUAAGUGUGGGCGCGGAUGAUUUGACUUUAUUGUAUAACCAUCACUCACCACAAUUUUCUUAGUGUUGUUUUUUUUCUUUUCUUUUUCUUUUUUUUCCCCCCAGACCAGAUGUUCUGGGGAGUCUCACAGCUGCUGUUGCGGAUGCCCAGUGACUGUAAAUGUUUUUCAGUUUUAGUUUUUGCUGAUGUAGUGCUGGUCAGGAGGCUGAGGCUGAAGUUGAAGUGCCGCUCUUGAAGGCGUGAGCUCCAAAUGCAUUCGCUCCUGGGCCGGGAGAAGAAAGAAGAAGAAGCAGGGUUUGGGAUUGAUCUGACUCUGUCUCCGGGCUUUCUGCCCCAAGCUGCUACCAUGUUCAGCUGUGUGGGCUGCUUCUGGGUGCUCCUGUCCUCCGUUCUGGUCGCCGUCUGCAGUUUCAGCUUCAUAUCCCCUGCUUGGAUUGUUAAGGAUCAGCUAAGGAGCAACCAGCAUCACCACCAGCACAACAACAAGGACUCCGUGAGCUUCGGCUUGCUGUGGCACUGCUCGGAGUCUCUGGAUCACAUGUACCGGUGCUACACCUUCGGGGGACUGGGCAAAUUUGCAGAGAUCCCUUCCAGCUCCUGGCAGACCAGUGCGGUGCUGUGUUCAGGAGGCUGUGCUCUUCUGGCUGUCAGCUCCCUGUUGGCCAUCAUCACCAUCUUCCUGCCCAGUGGAGGAUGUGAGAGAAGGAUCUGCACCCUGGCUGGAUACAUGCAGAUGGCUGCAGUGUUCAUCAUGGCGACCGGACUGCUGGUGUACCCUUUCGGCCUGAACUCCAUACUGGUCCGGUCCUUCUGCGGAGACUCUGACAUCUACUACGCUGGCGAGUGCCAGAUCGGCUGGGGCUACAUGCUGGCUAUAGUGGGAGUCAUGCUCACCGUCUUCUUGCCCUUUUUUGCUAAAUAUGCACCGAAGGAGCAGCUGUCCCCUACCCCGCUGCCCACGCUCUUAUAGUUAUGUCUUGUUUUUCUUCUCCUCUUCCUGACGACCCUCUCUAAUCUGGGCUUAAUGUCACACGAAGAUACCUGCAUCGUGUUUUUUUUGUUUGUUGUUUUUUUGUUUUAAAGACGAUGCUGCUUGGGAAGCCCCCUCUGAGCAAGAACUAAAGCUGACGGCAGAAACAAGAAAACAAACCGUCUUCCUGCGUCUCUUCGUUAUUAAUCCAGUCAAUUUAAACGGGACGUUUUCCGCUGUAACAAUACUCUGCGGUUACGAUUAGUGUUUUCCAGUUUGACACAUCUGUCUUCUUCCUGGCAGGUUUGGAGAUGAAGCAGUCAGAAGACGCAAAGACUGAUGAAACUGAGAAAAUGACUGCAAACAUAACAAAUAUGAAAAAUGUUAGGAUUUCCUUUCCUUUCUUUUUUUAUGAUAAGAAACAAGUCAGCGUACAGUAUGUAACAUUCCAACGCAGACUGGAAGCAUGAAAAUAAGUGGCGGUAUAACUCAAGCAAUCGAAUAAUAUUUCACUAGGAGGUUUUCAGAAACAUUAAACUUUGAAAACAGAGCCAAUGUGAUCAAUCAAGUGAAAAAAAUCCACACGUCAGGACCUGCGUGUCUGGCUGAGGUGUUGAGACUGUAAAUACGUUGUGGAUUUAACUGAGCUGAUGUUUGAGCUUUCAGAACAACACUUUAAUGAGAGAACGCUGGCGCUUUGAAGGAUUUUUUUUCCCCCUCAGACUUUUUCUGCCUCCCGGUUUUUAUGACCAGGCUAGCGAACCAGUGGGUGUCGAGGAGACGUCACAGCUUUCAAAGACAUCGCUUUUUAGUAGCUGCCGCAAAGAACGGGACAAAACACACAGCACCAGACCUGCUGUGAGGACGAAUGGAAAACUGUCUCUUCAAAGAGGCGACUCGUGAUGACUAACGAGUAGUUGUUUCAGAAUGGUGUUGUGAAAAAAAAAAAAAAAAAAA